GGGGAAGUGGAAGUAGGGAUAGCGUUGAACUCGCUAUUCACACUGCUCAACUCCAGUCUUUUGCUUUUUCUGGUACUUGGAAUGGCGAUGUUUUAUUCUGGACUGACACAGCGUAGGGCUGCGUUUCAGCAGCUGAGUUUCCCGCUACUGGUCACGCUAGAAGUCAUGAUCUUGUGGUUGUGUUUCGGGUAUACACUGAGUUUCUCUGAUACAGGCAAAUCGGGCUAUCUUAGCGAUUUUGCACACGUUGGUUUGAAAGAUAUGGAUGCUCUAGUGGUUUACCCAAAUCAUAGAUACAAAGACGAUGCGACUCAAGUCUUUGGUCUGGUGUAUGCAGUUUACAACGGGCUGUUUGCAAGUAUCACUGCUGUGAUAGCUAUGGGGUGUUUGUGCGAACGAGGACGACUAAAACCUGCAUUUAUAUUUCUCAUACCGUGGAUGUUUCUCAUAUAUUGUCCCAUAGCAUAUUGGGUGUGGAACCCUAACGGAUGGCUGCACAGAAAACUAAAUGUUUUGGACUUUGCAGGAGGAAACGCCGUCCACAUUGUCUCUGGGACCACAGCUCUCGUUUAUUCGUGGUUUAUGGGGUACAGGAACGAGGCCAAUCUUGUCGAGUAUAGGUCAAGUAACCUGGGCAUGGUCAUUUGCGGAACGAUAUUCAUUGCUGUCGGAUGGUUGGGCUUUAAUUGUGGCGCGCUGUACACCGUGAACGCACUUACUGGUGUUAUUUUGUCCAACACCGUGACAAGCAUGGCUGUCGGAGGGCUUAGCUGGAUGGGGCUAGAUUACUCGUAUCAUAGAGAUGGUCGGAUUUCGGUUGUGGGGCUGUGUUCCGGCUGCAUAGCAGGGCUGACGGCUAUCACCCCAUGCACUGCAUACAUAAAUUUUUGGUCGAGCUUUGUGGUUGGUUUACUAAGUGGCGUGCUUUGCAACGUCGGCACCCGGCUCAAAUAUUGGCUCAAAAUUGACGAUUCGCUAGACAUCGGAAUUCAUCUUUUUGGAGGUAUCGUGGGGAACCUGCUGGUAGGCCUCUUUGCCGAUAAGAACGUUGCCGCUCUUGGUGGCCUGUCAAUAAAGGGGGGUUGGAUCAACCGUCAUUUCAUCCAGCUGCUGCACCAGUUUGUCAGCUCGCUAGUGGUCACAGUUUACGUUGCGGGGGUCUCGUUCAUUAUUCUCGCCAUCCUAGUCCGUCUGCCGGGUUGCCGACUCCGUCUCGACGAUGCGAACGAAAUGGAAGGCUCGGAUUCGGCCUUGUUUAGUUCUGAGUACAUUGCCGACUACGUGGAGUUUGUGAGGCAGCUGAACCCGGACGAUUACAAAGAGGACUAAAGUUCUAUGAGUGCCAUAUAAUGUCUAUUAAUGUAUUAUGUCGUAAAGUUCGUUUUGGCGGGCGUCUGCUUGGCACACUGGUUUGUCUCGAUGUGGUUUGUAAGCCACUCUUGCACGUUGUUAAAGUACAUGCCGCACUCCCUGCAAAGCCCACUCACCUUGGAGCGCUCGCUCUUGGGCGUGUUUGGCGGGUAUUUGAAAUGUAUAGCCUUCAAGUGGUUUUUGUAUGUGUCGCAUCUGGUAAAGUGGCCCGAGUGGUGGCAGUUUUCAGACCUGUCCUUUGGAUCGGUGUUGAAGAACGGGCACCGGAAUUCCCAUUCGCCAAGCUUUGACAAAUGGCACUUUUCGUGGCGCAGAAGGUCGUUCAGCCGCUUGAACGACCGCGAACAAGUCUGGCAGGUGAACGGCUUGGAGUUCUGGAUGUGGAUCGCGCGAUGGGUUGUCAGGUUGCUGAAAUAGUUGUGGCACACCGGACAUUCUCUUUUUUUGCGAGGUUGUGAGGCCCCCGACGACGAGGACCGUUUGCGCUGGGACCUGUGUACUUGCGUGGAAUACUCCGACGAAUUCUGGGAAGACUCGGAUCCGACGGGUGAUACCCCUGGCAGAGGUAGCGGAGACUCCAAGCUCAGCUUGAAAAGAGGCGGAAGCGCAUUCUGAUCUGAAGCACUAGGGUAGUGGUAUCUUGUGAGCGGAGGAAGACUCACCAGAGGCGGAGUGGCCGGAUACUGAUUGUGAGAACUCCGGUUGGGCAGAAUCAGAGACGAUGCUGGAGGUAAUAUGGGAAGGGCGUUCAUGUUUGUCUUGUCAGGCAUCAAACCAUAGGAAACUCGUGUUUACCGCUUCUCCUGAAGAUGGCCCCGAAUGUCAAAUGCGCAAAUCGGAGUUCUUUUUGCCUAAAUAUAUAUCCUCAUUUGAAUCCCGG